CUUCCUGCCGCUCCGCCGGGCUUGCGAGCGCGGCCGGCGCCUGGGCUCCGCUCUGCGUCACGAGCCGGGCGCCGGGGAGCGGUAAGCGGGACGGAGCCGGGCCAGCGGCGAGGGAGAUUUAAGGGGUGAUUUGACUGCAGCAGUCUAUGACUACUUGGUGAACAAAUACUUAAUAAUGGGCUCUUCAAUGUAGCAGAGAAAGAAGCUACUAUGGCUGCUACAGUGAACCUGGAACUUGAUCCCAUCUUUUUGAAAGCCCUGGGCUUCCUCCAUUCAAAGAGUAAAGAUUCUGCUGAAAAGCUAAAAGCUCUGCUUGAUGAGUCUUUGGCCAGAGGAAUUGAUUCAAGCUAUCGUCCUUCACAAAAGGAAGUAGAGCAACCCAAAGUGUCUAUUACCAAGCCGAUUUCCAGUAAGCAGGAGCCUAAAGCUUCGUCCAGUCUGCCUUCAGGCAACAAUAAUGGCAAGCCCAUCACAACAGAAAAGGUGAAAAAAGAAACAGAAAAGAGGACUGCUGAUAAAAUGAAAGUAGAACUUGGUGAAGGAGUUGAUGUUCCAAAGAAACCCAGACUAGAGAAGCAAGAGGCUCGUUCUUCCCCGAUCACAGUCCAGACUAGCAAGGAUUUAACCAUGCCUGAUCUAUCUAGUUUUGAUGAAACCAGUGCUGAUGAUUUUGCCAUGGAAAUGGGCUUAGCUUGCGUUGUUUGUCGGCAAAUGACAGUUACUUCUGGAAAUCAGUUAGUAGAGUGUCAGGAGUGCCAUAAUCUCUACCACCAGGAUUGUCAUAAACCUCAGGUGACAGACAAAGAAGUCAAUGAUCCUCGCCUUGUAUGGUAUUGUGCCCGCUGUACCAGGCAGAUGAAGAGAAUGGCUCAAAAGACUCAGAAACCACCUCAGAAACCAGCUCCUGCAGUAGUUUCAGUAGCACCAACUGUGAAAGAUCCAUUAGUGAAGAAACCUGAAAUUAAGCUCAAGCUGGAUACCCCAACAACUUUCCUAGCAUUCAAGAGGACAGAAGUCAAGACCGCAGCAGCAGUUUCGGGGAACUCAGCCAGUACCAGUGUUUCCUCUUCAGCAACCAGUGGCCUUACUGGAUGGGCAGCUUUUGCAGCCAAAACCUCCUCCACGGGUCCAUCAACUGCCAAACUGGGAUCAACAGCACAGAGUACCAGCGGAAAACCUGCAGCCUCCUCUAAUAACCAGAAACCUGUGGGUUUGUCAGGGUUAACAACAUCUAAAACAGGACUAGGGUCAAAAAUAGCUUCCAGUAACAACAACACAAACCCUGUUCAACUAAAACCUCUUCCACCUCUGACCUUGGGGAAAACAGGUCUGAGUCGUUCAGUUAGCAGUGACAACGUCAGCAAAGUAGGUCUUCCUAGUCCUAGCAGUACCGCCCCAGGCAGCAGCAGCCAGGUGAAUAGUGGGAAUGGAAGCAGUAGCACAACAGGUAACAGUGGGAGCAGCACCACCAAAUCAAGUGCAGAUUCUGGCAAUCAGUCACUAUCCCUAAAGGGCCCAACUUCUCAGGAAUCACAGCUCAACGCUAUGAAAAGGUUACAAAUGGUCAAGAAAAAAGCUGCCCAAAAGAAACUGAAGAAGUAAUAGAGCUGUCUGUUAAUCUUCUUUCUAUGUUUCUUCAAAACAAAGAUAUGUGUGAGGUAUAACAUACUUCAUUUAAUAAAUAUCCAUGCAGAUAAUUUCUAGAUUGGCUUUUUUUCCCUAUAAUAUGCUUAAAAAUGUAAAUCUAUGUAUUUUCUCCAUCUACAACAGACUGUAAAUAUACUGUAUGCUUCAGAUCUAGCGGACUAACAUGUUCCCUUUCCUUUCUCAAGUUUGAAGAAAAGUUUGUUCAUAUUUGUUUAAAGUUUGUGUAGACAAUAUAUUGUAGCAUUUGCCAGUGGUGAUGUAAUAACUAAGGAUAUGAUUUAGUCAUGGAGGUCAUGGAUUUACUGGCCGUGACUUUAUUGGAUUUCUGUACUUCGGCUUCAGCUGUCAAUGGCAGGGGCGGAGCCUGGAGCCCCCGAACCGCAGCUGGAGCAGGGGCUGUGUUGCCGCCUCGGCCCCUGUGGCAGUGGGGCUGAGGCUGUCAGUCCCCUCCAUGGGGCUCCCCGUGUCAUUUCUACCCUCCCUCCUCUCCCUGUUAUUUUUAGUGAUAGUCACAGCUCCCGUGAAUUUUUUCUGUUUUAUUGCCUGCAACCUGUCCAUUACUUUUACUAAAAAUAACUGUUACAAAAUCUUAACCUUACUUAUAAUUAAGGAUGCAGAUUGGUUUACAAUGUUACAUUUGUUUAUACACAUUCAUAACUUUUCUAACAAUUCUCCUUUGAGGGCAAAACUUUCUUUAUUUGGUCUCUGUGACUGACUUUGGGAAGUUUGAAAAACCUUUAAGGAAGUUGUAUUCUGUAUUUCGCACUACUGUGACCACUCCUGAAAUACUGUGUCCAGUUCUGGGGUCCACACUUCAAGAAGAAUGUUGAAAAAUUGGAGAGGGUUCAGAGGAGAGCCACGAGAAUGGUUAAAGGUUUGGAAAACAUGCCUUCUAGUGAGAGACUCAAAGGGUGAAUCUAUGUAGCUUAUCAAAGAGAAGGUUAUUCACCGUCUAUAAGUACCUACAUGGGGAACAAUAAUUUUACUAAUGGAGAUAUUAUUUAAUCUAGCAGACAAAGAAGAAAUAAAAUGGAAGGUCUGGAAGUUGAAGCUAGAUAAAUUCAGACUAUAGAUAAGGCAAAAAAAUUUAAGUGAGAAUAAUUAACUGUUGAAACAAUUUACCCAGGGUUGUGGUGGAUUCUCUAUUAUGAGGUUUACAUCAGGAUUGGAUGUUUUUCUAAAAGAUGUGUUGUAAUUCAAUCACAGGUAUUGGACUCAAACAGGAAUUAAUUCAGGGAAGUCCUAUGGCGUGUGCUAUGCAAGAGGUCAGACUGAAUUAUCCAUAAUGGUCCCUUCUGGCCUUAAAACCUAACAUGCUCUUUUUUU